AUGUGUAUGGAUGUGCAGGUAGGACAAGUACUGCGCCCGUGCACAGCACGGGGGACGAGGAUUCCUCGUAUGGAUCUGCAGUUUGCUAGGCACAGCGUGACCUUAGCUCAGGCAAAUGUGUAUGGAUACGGUGCAGGAAUCACAACAAUGUUUUCCAGAAUUGGAAAAACCCUUAGGAACGUCUUUAGGUGUAACCCUAAGGAUGUUCCUAAAAAAACGCAACGUGUCUCGGACACGGGAGCCGAGGAGCCUUCAGGAUCUACAACAACAACUGGAAGGCUCAGAAGACUCGGCCGAAUAUUCACCACCAUGUGUGGCUCUAGGGUCAGGGACUGCAGCGGUCUCACCCUUGUGACUGCUCCUCCCUGUCCCCAACAACUGGUCCUCCAACUGGCGGCCGCUGAACGAGUGGCAUCAGGGCCAGUUUCCCACGAAAUUCUCCCUCAGGGGAAGAAUGAAUUCAGUUGCGAUACUGAAGCUACACAAACCUUUCAGCUUGCACUGAAAGGUAGAGAAGAUGUAAAGGAAGAUCUUGAGAAACGGGCUGAAGAGGAGGCGAAGGAAUACGCCCGGCACCGGAACACCAGAAUGAUUCUGCAGGACAAAAUAAAGGAACGUCUCCAUAAAGAAUCUCUGCAGGAAGCUGAACAAUUUUCAGAUCAGCAGAAACAGAGAUUCAUGGAGAAUGAAAGCUGCAGAAUCCUGGAAAGAGAAGCAAGAGAAGCAGGAGAAGAAGCGCGAGAAGAGGCGAAAAGAGAGCUAGCGAGCCUCAAGGUAAGGAAUGUGCUUCAUUACAGAAUGCACCGGGAAGAGGACCGAGAAGAUAUGAAGAGACAAACAGAUUUGCGUCUGAAAGAAAAGGAAAAGAUGAAAACUCGCCAAGAAGAAGCCCUGGACGAGGCCCAAAAGGAAACAAUGAAGAGAACCAUAAGAAAUGUGCUUCUUAAUGAGCAAAUAAAGAUCGAAAAACAGCAGCAAGAAGCACAGAAGAAGGACGUCAGCGAGGAGCCUCGGGUUGCCAGACGGAUUGAGUUUCCCAAGAGGAGACCAGUUCAGAUCCGGAAAGCCCCUCUAUGGAAGCCGGCUUCAUUUAUUGAUUCUCCUGACGACUAUAAGCGGAGAACUCAAUAUUAUGAAAUCAUUGAAAAGAUCGACGAAGCCCUUGGCCCAAGUGGGUUGGACAGAAGGCUGCUGGAGACGGCACCACCAACAAUCGAGGAUUUCCAGCUCCAGUCCUAUCUCGGCGAGGGAACUUUCGGAAAGGUCUACAAGGCGCAACAUAGAAAGUCCGGGAAGGUUGUUGCUAUCAAGGCCAUGGAAAUGCACAAUAUCAACAAGAUCCGUGCAUUUAAAAGGGUCGCCGUAGAGCAGCGAAUCCUCCGGUUGGCUGAUGAGGAACAAUGUCCGUUCCUUGUCAGACUGCGCGGCUCCUUCCGGGCUCCAAACCACGUGUGUCUGGCUAUGGAGUUUGCGGAAGGAGGAGAUUUAGCUUCCUAUACGGCUACAGGCGGAAUUCCACUUGAUAGAGUUCGGUAA